CAAUUUCGGUAACACCGCUCUGAUUCAUGAAAGCCAUCGCUCGUGGUUCCCGCCAUUUCUCAACCACUAAACUGCAGUUGCUGGUUCCAUCAAUUGCCUCAUAUAAGUAUAACCCAGCUCUUGCAGAAGAGUCCUUUGGUAAAACAUUGGACGGGUACCCAGAUAUCAAGACGUUAAAGAAACUUCAUUCCAGAAUCCUUGUUGAUCAACGUCUUCGCGGAAACCAAUCGCUUAGUAUUAAACUCAUGAGAGCUUAUGCUGCUCGUGGAGAAACUAGGAUCACGCGCCACCUAUUCGACGAAAUUCCUGACAAGAAUGUCAUCUUCUUCAAUGUAAUGAUCAGGAGCUAUGUAAACAAUCAUAUGUAUUUUGACGCUCUUCUAGUUUACAAAACAAUGCCUGGCAAUGGAUUCGAGCCUGAUAAUUACACAUAUCCUUGUAUCUUAAAGGCAUGUUCUGGAUUAGGUAACUUGUGGGUUGGAUUGCAGAUUCAUGUUGCUGUUGUGAAAGUUGGGCUUGACGCAAAUUUAUAUAUUGGGAAUGGUCUAGUAGCAAUGUAUGGGAAAUGUGGUCGUUUAGUGGAUGCUCGGCAAGUUCUUGAUGAAAUGCCCGUGAGAGAUGUGGUUUCCUGGAAUUCAAUAGUUGCUGGCUAUGCACAGAAUGCUCUGUUUGAUGAUGCAUUGGAAAUUUGUAGGGAAAUGGAGGCAAUGAAGUUGAAACCAGAUGCUGGUACAAUGGCUAGCCUCUUGCCAGCCGUUUCUAAUACAUCAUCUGAGAAUGUUUCGUACAUUAAGGAGAUGUUCAAGAACUUGGUUAGGAAAAGUUUGGUAUCAUGGAAUGUGAUGAUAGCAGUAUAUGUGAAAAAUUCAAUGCCUGGUGAAGCAGUUGAUCUGUUUCUACAGAUGGAGGCAUGUGAAAUAGAACCAGAUGCCAUCACAAUUGCAAGUGUUCUUCCUGCAUGUGGAGACCUCUCUGCUCUGUUGCUGGGAAGGCGUAUUCAUGAAUAUGCCAGGAAAAUGAAACUUAUGCCUAAUUUGUUGUUGGAGAAUGCAUUGGUUGAUAUGUAUGCUAAAUGUGGAUGUUUACUAGAUGCAAGGGAAGUUUUUGACAAAAUGGUGCCUAAGGAUGUUGUAUCAUGGACUUCAAUGAUUUCUGCAUAUGGUGUGUGUGGGCGAGGCCGUGAUGCUGUUGCACUCUUUGCAAAGAUGAAAGACUCAGGUUUGAGUCCAGAUUCCAUUGCCUUUGUCCCAGUUCUCUCUGCUUGCAGCCAUGCUGGAUUAUUAGAGGAGGGAAAGUACUACUUUAGAUUGAUGAUGGAGGAGUAUAGGAUAGUUCCAACUAUAGAACACUUUGCUUGCAUGGUCGAUUUGUUAGGCCGUGCUGGGAGAGUGGACGAGGCCUAUAGUUUCGUCAAAAAUAUGCCAAUAAAGCCUAAUGAAAGAGUCUGGGGGGCACUGCUGAGUGCUUGCCGGGUUUACUCUAACAUGAAUGUUGGACUUGAAGCUGCUCAUCAACUUUUUCAAUUGUUUCCAAAGCAGUCAGGUUAUUAUGUCUUGCUAUCCAACAUUUACGCAAAGGCUGGUAGGUGGCAGGAUGUGACAGCUGUCCGGUCAACUAUGAAAAGGAGAGGAAUCAUGAAAUUGCCUGGUGUCAGCAAUGUUGAGCUCAAUCAUAGGGUUCACACUUUCCUUGCUGGUGACAGAUCACAUCCUCAGUCCAAUGAGAUAUAUGAAGAGUUAGAUGUAUUGGUAGGGAAAAUGAAGGAGUUGGGUUAUGUGCCUGAGACUGAUUCUGCUCUUCAUGAUGUGGAAGAGGAGGAUAAGGAAUGCCAUCUAGCAGUUCAUAGUGAGAAGUUGGCUAUUGUCUUUGCAAUUCUGAAUACAGAGCCCGGAACACCAAUCAGAAUUACAAAGAAUCUUCGAGUUUGUGGGGAUUGCCAUAUUGCUGCAAAACUCAUCUCCAAAAUAGCUGAACGUGAAAUUGUUGUUAGGGAUACUAAUCGUUUCCACCAUUUCACAAAGGGUAUCUGCUCUUGUGGAGAUUAUUGGUGACCCUAUUCAUUUAGUAACCCUCACUCGAUGCAUAUUGCCAUGCUUAGGACUUUGUUUGGACAAUUGGACCUUCAAAUGAGGUGAAAGACAUGGAUCGUUUGCAAUGGUUACCAAUGAGUUCCUGUCUUACUGAUGAUAUGUUCUGCUCCUGGGUAAGGACCAUAAUAAUAUGAUCAUCUUGAUUUUGGUCUGAAGUGCCAUGGGGUUUGGCAACUGUUUGUGGGCGCUUCAAAUUCAACCCAAGAUCAAACUCUUGCAAUGGGUGAGUUCGUGCUGGGUUUACUCUGCUAGGCCUGCCAUUAGCAUCAGACAAUUGAUCCACUAGCUGGUGCGAAGAAUAAUGAAAUUGAAGCUGAUUGAAGACAAAACGGUGCACUUCGUGGUAUACGUGGUAUAUAGGUGGUCUUCUUCUUCUUAAAAAAUAUAAGGAUUUUAUUUUUCCUUCAGAGUUGCGGAGAGUGAGAAAAAGUUCCAGAAAAUUGUUUUCUCUUCUUUUGUGUUCUUUAUUGUUGUUCUUUGUGAGGUUCUGAGUGAAUCGAGUUGGGAAACAAAAUAGAGAGGGUGUAAAAAGGGACUUGGGUUGGUUUUGGGUAUCUUUGUGAUUCCACCAUUAUAGAUCUGAAACUAGGCUUGUAAAAACCAGCAACUCAAUAAGAAAAACAGAGGCUCUCACCGGAGCAACGGGGACGUAGGCAAUUUGCCGAACCU